GCGCAACGUGACGCUUGAUCCUAGCCUACACCAAAGUCUCUCUAUCGGAGUGUAUCCCCGCCACCGCCAAAGCAUGGUGACUUGUUUGGAAUAAACUUAUAACCUGAUCAACACCCUGUCUCACCGCUUGACCCCGGUACCCCGGACUUGCACAGGUAUAUAUCGUCUGCGGACCCAGACUCUUACCAAAGUUUCUUCGCACCAAUAGGCCCAUUACCUCCAUUCUCUCACGCGAUCCCCCUCACCAUAUUCAGUACUGAAACAUAGUCCUUUUAUGGCUAAGUCGACCGUGGCCAGACUCGCGUCCCAGAAGUCUCCAGCCCUAGCAAGCAAUCCAUCACCUUUCAUGGAUCCCCGACCACCACCAGGAAAUCCAGCGACAACUGCGGAGAUGUGGGACAGGUACGAGAGACAGGCUGUGGAGACGGCAAGAAUGAGAGAGAGGACUAUGCAACCGCCACAGCCUCAACGCCUAGUUAUUCCAAUCAGAAACAAAUGGACCAAACCAGACGAUGUUUCGCCGACAGUACCAAGCUUCGACUUCAGAAGACGCGGCCAUACAGCAACGGUCUCGACUACAGUGGCUAUCUGCAAGACCUGUACACUUCCUAUUACCUAUGCCUCUGGAGUCUGCGAAAGCUGUACAAGAACCAUCAUCCUGCCAUCGGCCAGCGGCGAAACCACUCCGCCUAUCAGUCCCGCCUCGCGCAACUUCGCCUCUACUGACCUCAUCAAACUUCGCAAGAACUCAUAUGGGGAAGAUGUCAACGUCCGAACAUCAACAACGUCAUCGCGACGAACGUCGUACUGCCCACUACCAGCGCACCUUGCAGACCCCUCAUUCCGACUCUCCACACUACAGCCACCGCCCGAAUUGGAAGCAUUCUCAAACGACCCUAUCCGCACCAGAAGAAAGACGUCCCUCACAGACCCCAACGAGCCAUUCCUUCGCCUACAGAUCGCGCAACAAGCACCUUUACCCCGAUCUGCAAUGAACUCACCACCCAUAACCCCCACAUCACCACCACCAUGGGCAACCCACUCUCGCUCUUCCACACGGCGCUCCAGUCUAGCAAACGCGGCACUGCUACCAAAGCCCGCCUAUCCACACGCGCGCACCGACAGCGUGGCCUUGUCAGAAUACAGCACCCUCUGCCCAAUCCAAACCACACUAACAACAAAACUGGAAAAUACAAUCAGCGCCUGGGACGACUGGGACAGCGACAAUGAAGACGCGGAUAGAGCUGGUUUGGCGAGCUGGAUGGGUCGGCGCAAAACCAAGGGUCGAGGCAGUGAACGGCCCCGGGAAGGCAAAGGCAGUAUGGACAGCACCGAAAGCGAUAAUGACGCGACAAGACCUAGUCUCUGUCUGCGGGAGACGCCUAAGAAGGUCAAGAAGAGCAUGAACAUUAGUAAGGAAGACCAGGGUUUGGAGCGCGCUAGGAUUGAGGCAGCGGAGAAUGCGAGGGCAAGGCGGCGAGAUGCCGAACAGAAGCUUGCGAAGAAGAAACCGAGUGGGUUCAUCAGGGCGAUUACUUGUGGGAAGAGUGAUACUGAUGAUUGAGUUUGUUCACGAGCACUACUUUUCCUUUUGUUUUGGUUCAAGCAAGGCGUUUACGAUGGGCGAGAUUACUAGGGAUGAUACCAAGUGUUGGUCGGCAUGCAAAAC